AUGGGCACAAUUGGACGACCAUUGUCGCAGCGUGUAGCAUCGAGCGCACAUUUCUCCAGAGGCUUCCAUGCUUCCGCUCGCAGGCUCCAGGACCAGCCUGGCGACUCUGCACCGCAGUCAAGAUCGCUCAAGGAUGCCAUGACGGGGGAUUCCGCUCAGCGCCAACCUCGCCGUCAACGAAAUAUAAACGCCGCAAACCAGAUCGGAAAUCUCCAAUUUCGACGUCCUCCCCAAGCCGGAGGUGUCAUUGCGCAAAGAACCGGCGCUGGCCCGUCAACAGGAGCCAAGAUCAUCACUCCCCGGAAACCUCUUGUCAGAAAGGAAGCCACCGGGGCCCCAGGCACCAUGAUCCGCGCUCCGUCCACUCUCCGCAUAACCCGUGAGGGAGGACCUCCCGGCGGCCGGCCACGAGGUGGCCCCAAUCUACGCGCACGUGGGGAUGGUCCUCCUGGAGCAAACGGCGCCCGUGGCCCAGGUGGUGCGCGUGGCCCAGGUGGUGCUCGUGGCCCGGGUGGUGCGCGUGGCCCGGCGAGAAACCGUGGCAGCGAAGCUGGGCCCGCGAAGCGUGAGCGCGGAGGAGGUGCAUCAGCAGGAGACGCGCCGAAGAUUGAUCAGGAGGCUCUGGACCCUGGUGCGAUUGAAGGCAGCAUGAUGCAAACCCUGUAUCGGAUGCAGCGCAACCAGUGGGACCGCAAGCCGUAUGAGCCCAAGUAUGCCCCGGGCAGCUUCGCCGCGAACGAGUUGAUCCAUGCUGGACGGGAGCUUUUCAAGGGAGAGGCACCGCCGGUCAAGGUGUGGGGAGAGCUGGAGCGGACUUUGAAUAUUGUGGGCAUGCACGGUGCGGCGUCGACCUUGAAGGUACAUCGGGUACUGGAUGGAGACGACAUGCCAUUUGGCCAAGAGCAUGAGAACUUGCUACCGGAAUCGCUGCAGAGUAAGAGGGAGACUGCUGAGCAGACAGCUCAGAAAAUCAUUGCAUAG